AUGGUGGCAACUGCGGCUACUGCAUCACUUUUUCCUGUUCCUUCUCCGUCGCCGGACGCUGGUGGAGCAGGCAACAAGCUUGGUGGUGGGCAUGCCAACCUUGGAGUACUAAAAUCCAAACCUGUGACUUCUGGUGGCUUGAAGGCAAAGGCACAAGCUCCUUCGAAAAUUAAUGGAAGCACAGUUGCUACAUCUGUAGAAAGCUUGAAGCUUGAGGAUGAUUUACCUUCACCUCCCCCUAGGACUUUUAUCAACCAGCUACCUGAUUGGAGCAUGCUUCUUGCUGCUAUCACCACAAUUUUCUUAGCUGCUGAAAAGCAGUGGAUGAUGCUUGAUUGGAAACCAAGGCGACCUGACAUGCUUAUUGACCCCUUUGGGAUAGGAAAAAUUGUUCAGGAUGGCCUUGUGUUCCGGGAAAACUUUUCUAUUAGAUCAUAUGAGAUUGGUGCUGAUCGAACAGCAUCUAUAGAAACAGUAAUGAACCAUUUGCAGGAAACUGCACUUAAUCAUGUUAAGAGUGCUGGCCUUCUUGGUGAUGGUUUUGGUUCUACACCAGAAAUGUGUAAAAAGAACUUGAUAUGGGUAGUUACUCGUAUGCAGGUUGUGGUUGAUCGCUAUCCUACCUGGGGUGACAUUGUUCAAGUAGACACGUGGGUUUCAGCAUCUGGGAAGAAUGGCAUGCGUCGUGAUUGGGUUUUACGUGACUGCAAAACUGGUGAAAUCUUGACAAGAGCCUCCAGUGUUUGGGUCAUGAUGAAUAAGUUGACUAGAAGGCUAUCUAAAAUUCCGGAAGAAGUCAGAGAGGAGAUAGGAUCUUACUUUGUGGAUUCUGAUCCAAUCCUGGAAGAGGAUAGCAGAAAACUGACUAAACUUGAUGACAACACUGCAGAUUAUAUUCUUACUGGUUUAAGUCCUAGAUGGAGUGAUCUAGACGUCAACCAGCACGUCAACAAUGUGAAGUACAUUGGCUGGAUUCUGGAGAGUGCUCCACAGCCAAUCUUGGAGAGUCAUGAGCUUACUUCCAUGACUUUAGAGUAUAGGAGGGAGUGUGGUAGGGACAGUGUGCUGGAUUCCCUGACUGCUGUAUCUGGUGCCGAUAUUGGCAAUCUAGCUGAUAGCGGACAUGUUGAGUGCAAGCAUCUGCUUCGACUCGAAAAUGGUGCUGAGAUUGUGAGGGGUAGGACUGAGUGGAGGCCCAAACCUGUGAACAACUUUGGUUUUGUGAAUCAGGUUCCAGCAGAAAGCACCUAA